CGGUGCGUCUCGCUGGGAAUACUGUACGUCAUACAGCCCCGUGGAGUCAGCAUGCCAGAUAUCCACGCGCACGUCCUUAAGGGGAGUUCCGUUUGUUGCUCGCACGGUACACAGGACGAAUAGGGGUUUUCCUGACGUAUCGUGGGAUAUUGCUGCUCCGGCGGGGAGGUGUUGGGCGUCGUGUGUGUGGAAUGGGCCCAGGAGAGUUCCCUGGGUCGUGCCGGGAGGGGAUGGGUGGUCUAUGGAGUCGAGCAGGGAGGAGAGGCCGAGGAUGUCUGAUAGUAGGAUGAAUUCCUGGCGGGUGCUGGUGCAUUUCUGGCCGGUCUGGGUGAGGAAGGUGAUUGCUGCGGUCCAUUCGGGGGUGGACAGGCGGGUUUCGCGGGCGAAGUCGUGAAGAUGGGUGACUAGGCGUUCGAAGAUGUAGCGGGUUCGAGGGUCGGGGCAGCUUGAGUUGGUCUGGAUGGUGUGUGCGGUGAUGUUGUCUACUGAGAGGUCGGACAUGGUUACUAUUAUUUGAUUGUGGUUGUGGUUGUGGUUGUGGUUGUAGUUGAGAAAUGAUAUUUGGUAGGUGUUGGGUGUUAUAUCUAUGAUUCUCUUAGAGAUGGUCUGUACAACGUCUCCGGGUAUGCAUUUGACCCCGCAGUGAUUAGUGAUGAGUGACGCUGGAGGAAGAGACAGGGAUAUGAUCCUUUCUAGCAUUGAGAAGCUGUAGUGCAUAGGCCGGCUAUAAUAUGAGGCAUGAGCGUGGCUGGACUGUAUGAGCAGAGAAAUGUAUUCACAAGAAGCUGAAGCUGAAGCUGAAGCUGAAACUGAAGCUGAAAAAUGGAUGAGAAACUAGAAAAAUCAAUCAAGUACACCGUACAUCGUAACGCUCUCGCUAUAAAGUGGAAAAAGUGGAAAAAAGAUGUAGCCAAACAGGUAGAUAAUAAGUAGUAGAUGUGGUAUAAGUUUUAUCGAGCCUCAACAACAUGGCUGGUCCCUCUCUCGCGGUUCUUUUCUCUGUCUCUAUCUUUUUCUCUCUGCUGCUGCUGUUCUUGUUGCUGCUGCUGGGUCCUCUCUCGCUCAGCAGUGCGUUGUCUGUGGUGGUCAAAGGUGUCCAUGAUGGCUUGUGCAAGGACAUCACUAGAGUCAUCAUCUAGUCUUGUACUGGCGGUCCUAUCAUGUCUCUGGCUAUUUCUACCACUGUUUGUGGUGCCGUUGGUGGUAUUUGUGGUUAUCGUAGUUGUAGCGGUGGUAGUAGCAGGCCUAGCAGGACUACUCUUGAGUCUAUCAUCCGGGGCAGAGGUAGAAGCAGAGACAUCUUCACUGGCAUCUCUGUCCUUUUCGCGGGUAGCAGUAGUGGUGGUGGUGGCAUCCAGGCUAGCUGCGCGGUCCUUGGGGUGGUCCUUUUGUAGUUCUUCCGCCUUGACAUCGCGCCAGGAGCACUUUGCAUGUUUCUUUGUGCAGCCCAUGCACGCGGUCAGGUUCUUGAGGCAGUGCAUGUUCAGUCUUCUACAUCUAUCGCAAGGUGGCAGGAUACGUUCUCCUCUAGCUAGGUCUUCCAUGCGGGCAACCAUGGCUGCCUUGAAUGGCGCAGUCUCAUCGCGGUCAUGUGAAGGAGUUGGCUUUGGAUGCGGGAGUAGCGAAGAAGGAGUGCUUGGAAUAGGUACGGGAGGAAUCGAGGAGUUGACCUGUCCCGGGAACGGCGAGGAGGAGGACUGGUGGUCUGAGUCUGGGUGGUGGUCGGGCUGCUGCUGUUUCUGCUGGUGCAUGCGUCUGUCGGAGGUGGUGAAGAACUUCUUCAUGAGCUCUGCGCGGGUGCUGGGGGAGGCGCCCUUGAUAGAGGUCCCGUUGAUGAUGGUGACGUUGUCUGAGAUGGGCUGGGAGAAGGCAAACUGCGCCGGUUCGUCGUGGUAGGAGGAAGGGUCCUGGCGCGAGUUGACUGCGACGAAGCCGGGCGGGGAUGCGGUGCGAGACUGUCCAUGGCCGUUGGGGGUGGAGCUGUCCUUCCAGGGGCUGAUGGCGCGGGUCUGCGAGAGAGCGAGAGAGGCGUCGUUUUCCCGCCUGGAGACGAUGGCGUUGCGUCGGUUUUUCAGCCGGUGGUUGAGCUGUCUAGCCCUAGCCGAUACUACAAACUGUUAGCACAGAAUAAGCCAAGUCAAAAGACAGAGAGAGGCCUACCCUGAUCGGCAAGCUGGAUAAUGUACACCAGGUUCUUCUCGAGUAUCUCGAGAGCACCCAGCUCCUUCUCCUCGUCCUCGCUGAUAGGCUGCGGCGGGAUCAUCUUCUGCGGCAUGCCGGACGCAAUCAGAACAUAGUCCUCCUCGGAUAUCUCGACGCGGGCAUGCUUGAUGUCCAGCUGGCAG